CGAGGCUCGAGCGAGAGCUUCCGCCGUCCUUGGAGGGCCGCCGCGGCGGAGGGAUCCACGCGCCCCGCCCCGCAGCGAGUCCCGGCCCCGCGCGUGCGCAGAGGAGGGCGGCGCGGCCCGAGCGGCGCGAGGGCGCCCCACGAUGACGCAGUUCCUGCCCCCCAACCUCUUGGCGCUCUUCGCCCCCCGCGACCCCAUCCCCUUCCUGCCCCCCCUCGAGAAGCUGCCCCACGAGAAGCACCACAGCCAACCCUAUAGCGGCAUCGCGCCCUACAUCCGCGAGUUCGAGGACCCCCGCGAUGCGCCCCCCCGACCGUGCCGAGACGCGAGAGAGGAGCGUAUGGAGCGUAAGCGGAGGGAGAAGAUCGAGCGGAGGCAGCAGGAGGUGGAGUCGGAACUCAAGAUGUGGGAUCCCCACAACGACCCCAACGCAGGAGACGCCUUCAAAACCCUCUUCGUGGCCAGAGUGAACUACGACACAACGGAGUCCAAACUGCGCCGCGAGGUUUGAGGUCUACGGCCCAUCAAGCGGAUCUACAUGGUGUACAACAAGCGUUCGGGGAAGCCGCGCGGUUACGCCUUCAUCGAGUACGAGCACGAGCGGGACAUGCACUCCGCUUAUAAACACGCGGAUGGGAAGAAGAUCGAUGGGCGCCGCGUUUUGGUGGAUGUGGAGCGCGGCCGCACCGUGAAGGGUUGGCGGCCCCGGCGCCUCGGGGGCGGUUUGGGGGGCACUCGCCGCGGAGGAGCCGAUGUCAACAUCCGCCAUUCGGGGAGGGACGACACCUCCCGCUAUGAUGAGAGGGAUCGGGAGCGAGAACGGGAACGGGAACGCCGGGAACGCUCUCGGGACCGGGAUCGUCGCCGCUCGCGCUCACGGGAACGUCGUCGCCGGACGCGAAGCCGCGAGAAAGACGAACGGGAACGCAAACGGGGCGCGAGCCGCGACCGCAGCAAAGAACGGGAGCGGAAACGGCGCAGCCGCUCCCGCGAUCGCAAACGGGAGAGGGAACGGGAGCGCGAGAAGAAGGACGAAGGUUCGGAAGCUUUAGAGCUCCCGAGGAGAUGGGGGGACCGGGAGCGGAUUGCGGCCCCCCGGAUGGGUUGGGAUCCAAAGGGGGGGGGGGGAGAAAUGGAAGAGAAAAGCCGCGAUCGGGAUCGCGAUCGACGCCGCGGGCACCGCGAUCGCGAUCGACGUCGCGAACGGGACCGUCCGGAACGGGAGCACAAACGGGAACGGGAGCGUUCGGAACGACGGGAGGAGAGACCCCCACCUCCCGGCUCCGAUGGGGGGGACGGCCUCGGGGGGGAACCGGCUCCGAGCUCUUUCCUGCAGCCUGAGGCCCUGCCGCCCUCGAGGGCUACCUGGGAGCCGAGACUGGCUACCUGGGCGAGCCGGGCCUGGAGUGAGGGGUCCAAAGUGGACCUCAAAGGCCCUUAA